AUGGAGGAGUGUCUCUGGCCAGCAGCCCAGAGAGAGGGAGCAGAGAGGAGGAUGGAGGAGUGUCUCUGGCCAGCAGCCCAGAGAGAGGGAGCAGAGAGGAGGAUGGAGGAGUGUCUCUGGCCAGCAGCCCAGAGAGAGGGAGCAGAGAGGAGGAUGGAGGAGUGUCUCUGGCCAGCAGCCCAGAGAGAGGGAGCAGAGAGGAGGAUGGAUGAGUGUUUCUGGCCAGCAGCCCAGAGAGAGGGAGCAGAGAGGAGGACGGAGGAGUGUUUCUGGCCAGCAGCCCAGAGAGAGGGAGCAGAGAGGAGGACGGAGGAGUGUUUUCUGGCCAGCAGCCCAGAGAGAGGGAGCAGAGAGGAGGACGGAGGAGUGUCUCUGGCCAGCAGCCCAGAGAGAGGGAGCAGAGAGGAGGACGGAGGAGUGUUUCUGGCCAGCAGCCCAGAGAGAGGGAGCAGAGAGGAGGAUGGAGGAGUGUCUCUGGCCAGCAGCCCAGAGAGAGGGAGCAGAGAGGAGGAUGGAGGAGUGUCUCUGGCCAGCAGCCCAGAGAGAGGGAGCAGAGAGGAGGAUGGAGGAGUGUCUCUGGCCAGCAGCCCAGAGAGAGGGAGCAGAGAGGAGGAUGGAUGAGUGUUUCUGGCCAGCAGCCCAGAGAGAGGGAGCAGAGAGGAGGACGGAGGAGUGUUUCUGGCCAGCAGCCCAGAGAGAGGGAGCAGAGAGGAGGACGGAGGAGUGUUUCUGGCCAGCAGCCCAGAGAGAGGGAGCAGAGAGGAGGACGGAGGAGUGUCUCUGGCCAGCAGCCCAGAGAGAGGGAGCAGAGAGGAGGACGGAGGAGUGUUUCUGGCCAGCAGCCCAGAGAGAGGGGGCAGAGAGGAGGACGGAGGAGUGUUUCUGGCCAGCAGCCCAGAGAGAGGGAGCAGAGAGGAGGAUGGAGGAGUGUCUCUGGCCAGCAGCCCAGAGAGAGGGAGCAGAGAGGAGGAUGGAGGAGUGUCUCUGGCCAGCAGCCCAGAGAGAGGGAGCAGAGAGGAGGAUGGAGGAGUUUCUCUGGCCAGCAGCCCAGAGAGAGGGAGCAGAGAGGAGGACGGAGGAGUGUUUCUGGCCAGCAGCCCAGAGAGAGGGAGCAGAGAGGAGGACGGAGGAGUGUCUCUGGCCAGCAGCCCAGAGAGAGGGAGCAGAGAGGAGGACGGAGGAGUGUCUCUGGCCAGCAGCCCAGAGAGAGGGAGCAGAGAGGAGGAUGGAGGAGUGUCUCUGGCCAGCAGCCCAGAGAGAGGGAGCAGAGAGGAGGAUGGAGGAGUGUCUCUGGCCAGCAGCCCAGAGAGAGGGAGCAGAGAGGAGGAUGGAGGAGUGUCUCUGGCCAGCAGCCCAGAGAGAGGGAGCAGAGAGGAGGAUGGAGGAGUGUCUCUAGCCAGCAGCCCAGAGAGAGGGAGUAGAGAGGAGGAUGGAGGAGUGUCUCUGGCCAGCAGCCCAGAGAGAGGGAGCAGAGAGGAGGAUGGAGGAGUGUCUCUGGCCAGCAGCCCAGAGAGAGGGAGCAGAGAGGAGGAUGGAGGAGUGUCUCUGGCCAGCAGCCCAGAGAGAGGGAGCAGAGAGGAGGAUGGAGGAGUGUCUCUGGCCAGCAGCCCAGAGAGAGGGAGCAGAGAGGAGGAUGGAUGA